AAAAAUAAAACAAAAAAAAAACGAAAAAAAAUCCAAGAAAAAAAGCAUAGAAAGAUGUCUUACAUUGGCAACGCCUCGGAUUUGGAAUGUGAAAAGAAUGAGUUCCCAAGGCCGCGUCCUACGGGCAUCGUCACCAAAAUGGCCGCCCACAAGCUAUCGUCGGAGCCAAAGUGGGCCGAUAAGCGCGAGGAUGAUUCCGAUUCGGAGGUCUCCUCGCCUGAUAAUUUCCUAACCAAAGGGGCAUUCCUAUUGACACCCUCCUAUGAACUAUCCAUGGAACGAGCUGCAUUAAUUUGCGAAAAAAUGAGUUUCAAGGGAUGUUUCAGCUUGACGAAAACCGCUACAGGAAUUCUAUUUAAAUUCUCACAUCCAGAUGAUUAUCAGGCGGUCUUCAAGAAGGGUUUCCACAAAGUGACCGGUGCGCGUUUCUAUCGCAAAAUUGCCAUACCAUGUCGGCCACGGAAAACGUUCACGCUGUACGUGCUGGAUGUGCCGGAGGAUCUGCCCGUGGAGGAUAUACGUCAUGCGAUGUACAAGUUUGACUCGGUCGUUGAGGUGGUCCGCCUCCACAUCUAUUCGAGCCCAGGCCUGGGUGGCAGCAGUGGCGGCACUGGCAGCGGCGGCGGCGGCGGCGACAAGGGCGUUGAAGGUGAGCAGCUGACCCACAGCAUCCAAUCCCCGAGCAUGAGCAUGACCAUGAGCACGAGCCUGAGCCCGGGCCAGACCCAGAUGCAGACACUGCGCCGCGCGGCCAUUAGAAGCAGCAGUGCCAAGAGUGUCGUUGGCGGCAUUGUGGGCGAUGCCAUCGAGAAGGCGGAGCGUCCGGAGCGCCGAGAAUUGCCGCCAGCUGUAAUACGUAUCACACUGGCCUCCAUGGAUGAGUACAACAUCUUGCUGCAGAACGGCCUCAACUUUUACGAUGCCACAUUCUUUCCCACUGAUGCGAACAUAUCCCUAAAAGGCGCCAAAAUCGAUUACAAGCGUCGCAUGCUAGAUGGGUCGAUACCGGGGCGUGUGCGCGAACUGUUGCCCGUAUUUGAUGCAGCUGGCUUCUGCAAGCUGCCGCCGCCCACCAGCAAGCUAAUUAAGCCGCCGAGGUCAUAAGCGACAGCGACAGCGCCAACAAUGAUGACGACGACUAAGACGACCCCACAUGUUCCGGCUAGAUAAACAGCCAGCGGUCCGGUUCGAGUCGAGUCGAGUCGAGUCGGUCCCGAAACCAGCCUAUCCAAACAACCCAUGCCCAAACCCAUAUGACGACAGCAGCAGAAGCAGCAGCAGCAGCAGCGAAUUCUCCAUUUGAUUUUCAACGGAUGCUUGGAACGUUUCCGCUGCCAACAACAACCACAACAACAACAUCUACAUAUAUAAUAAUUCCUAU